UCACGGACUGCACGAAGGCUUCCUUUGUUCAGGUGUUGCCUUUGUUUGCUUCCGGUAUCUGUAUGAUGUAUCGAUAACGUCCUUGACGGCGCUUGAUGUGCAUCUUGCCUUUGUUUUCUUCUCAAAUCUGUCCUUCUCCUUCGAUCUGGACCAUUCGCCAUGAAUAUCGCUUUGCACUAUCUUCCAACGACCGUCAAUGCAUGGGACGUGACCAGAGCACUGGCCGAGGUCCUUCAUUCCGACGAGUUUCACCCUGUACACGAGAAUGAACGUCCGCUCAACUUCAAGGUUGAGCUGAACCCGAGUAAAAUGGGCGGUGUUCGCAACGACGGUACCGGCAUAUUACAACUUCCCACAGAGGCCAUUGGCCGAAAGUUCCUGGGAUGGGCAAAGGAGACUCCUAUACGGAUUGAAAACAAGAAAAUUAGGGUGUACCCGAAGGGCCAUGCCCGCAACUAUGUCGCCUUAACGCUGCAAAGGACGCCCUUUGUCAAUCCCGAUAUCGAAGAGGAGUGGGAGGAUAAGUGCAGGCAACUGGAUCUGAGGAUCCGUAUUGACGCCGUUCAAUUCGGCGCGUAUUAUCGCCCUUCGUAUCCCACUUCCCCCAAACAGCGGCUUGCAUCGCGUGCGUACUCGAUUGAGUGGGAGCGUGACUACGCAAUGAACAGUGCCGCUUGGUUGAAGUUCGAAUACAAGCACAAGCUGAUUCGUAUCACUCUUGGAAACGAAACCACAGAGAAUGAAGGACAGACAAUUGCCAUCAGUUUCUCCAGCAUCAACAAGAUAGCCAUCGGUUAUGAUGGCAAACCUUAUAUAUGCUUCGACACCAUAACACCUCCCGUUUUUGAAGCCAUCGAGUUACAUAGGUCGUUGACAGGCGACGACAGGAUGGAUAAUAGAAAGUACAAGCACCGCAUCGAUUCUCUCCAUCCAGGGCAUGCAAGCAUCGCACCAUAUGCCCAACAUCUACGAUUACUUCUUUACAAUGAUCCGAAUUGCGAUGUCAUCGAGACAUUCAAGAACCUCUGCGCCGUAGCCGGGAUAGCGACCAAUCUUAUCAUCUCUUUCACACGACCCUGGAACCUAGAAGCUUCCAAGCAGGGUUUCUUCGAGCAAAAGCGACUCUGGAAGCUGCGAAAACACAUUCAGGCCUUUAGUUGGCCCAUCGCGUUCCAACUAGAGUUAUUACUUCACAACUGUCUGCUCCUCACACCCGAUGUUGAAGCCCUCAUACCCCUUGUGAAAGAAGCCUGUCGCCAGCAUCCUAGUCAGAAUGAUGACUACGUUGGCAGUCUCUUGCGGAGCUAUGUCGAAGCUCUAGAUAAUCGUGAUGCUCGCGAAUCUCCCCUGAACUGCUUCAACCGUGUCAAACGGGAAUUCUUGUACCACAAACAAAAACUUUCCUCGGGACAUUUCUUGUGCUGCCAUGUCACUUUUUCACCCACUCGCAUAAUUCUGGAAGGCCCUUACGCUACCCAAUCCAACCGGAUUAUCAGAAAGUAUGCCGGAUAUGACGAUCAUUUUAUUCGUGUGGAUUUUCGUGAUGAAGAUAGACUGUCAUAUCGGUGGGAUCGCGCCGUUGAUGGAGCGUCUUUCGUUCGCAAGCGAGUGGGUGACACCUUGAAGCAAGGUUUCGAGCUGGGUGGUCGAAACUUUGAAUUCCUGGCCUACUCUUCUUCAGCACUACGUGAGCAUGCAGUAUGGUUCAUCAAUCCCUUCCGAUACCAGGACCCGGACACUAAAGAUAUAAUUCAUGUUGACGCAGAGUACAUUCGGCAGUCUAUCGGAGACUUUAAGGGCACAGAGCUUAUGACACAGCCCUCCAAGUGGGCAGCGAGGAUUGGUCAGGCUUUCACUGCAACAGAUCCUUCCGUCAAAGUCAAGCGUCAUGAAUGGACAGAGAUGCCUGAUAUGGGAACAAAAGAGAAUUUGGCCAAAGGUCAAUACUUGCAUACUGAUGGCGCGGGCACAAUAUCCAAGUCUCUGGGAGAUGAGAUCUGGGCAUGUCUUUGCAAAGGCCGACGAGAUCACGGUGAAAAGGCUGUUCAGCCUUCUGUCUAUCAAAUACGUUUCAUGGGAUACAAAGGCGUCGUUGCAGUUGAUCCUGAACUUGACCACGACCCUAACGGCAUCAGGAUGAAGCUGAGGCCUACUAUGAGAAAAUUCGAAGACCCUCGAUCGACGGAAGCAGACAUAGAGAUUGCUCGGGCUUUCGAUAGGCCUAAUACUUCCUACCUCAACAGGCCGUUGGUAAUGAUAUUGGAGGACAAGCAAGUUAGAAGGGAUAGUCUCCAGGAAUUGCAGGAUAACGCGGUCGCUGAUAUUUUGACCGCCGAUGACUCGAUGGCCAGCUUCAUCGCUAUUCUCAAGGAUCACUCCUUAGGCUCCCAAUAUCGAUUAUCAUAUAUACUUGAAAAGAUUUCUGCCCUAGGCUUUGAUCUUCACCCCCAGGGACGUACUCCUAGCAUCGAUACACCCUUCUUGGAACAACUACGUCAAGUAACAAAAAUCGACCUAUUGCGAGAAAUCAAACAUUCAGCCAGAAUCAAAAUUCCUGAAAGCUAUCUGCUAGUCGGCGUGCCAGAUGAGGGGCCUGCGUACGAACAAAACGGUUAUAAGGAUGUUUUCACCUUGAAACAAAAUGAAAUAUAUGCUUGCGUCCAGAAACAUCCCGGAGAAGAACCAGAGUGGAUUGUCGGUCCUUGCACCAUAUCUCGCAGCCCAGUGGUUCAUCCAGGGGACAUACAGCAAGUUAUAGGCGUCAAGCCCAAGGAUAACAUGUUCUGUGCGUUUCGCCAUAUCCGCAACGCGGUCGUCCUCCCAUCCGUCGGUGAGAGAUCCUUGGCGUCAAAACUUGGUGGUGGUGACUUGGACGGCGAUAUCUACGACGUUAUCCCCAACUCAGAUCUCAUACCUCCAGUGAUUAAUGAAGCGGCGUCUUAUGCUAGCGCAGGGACUUAUGUCGCUCGGGAUGAAAACGGUGAACCGAGAGAAUGUGAUGUUAAUGACAUCGCCGAUUUCAUCGUUGAAUACAUCAACUCAGAUGUUCUGGGUCUAUUGUCAGAUAGAUUGCUCGUUAUAGCGGAUCAGUCGUCUGAGGGAAUUUAUGACAAAGACUGUGAAUGGUUAGCAGGACUUUGCGCUCAGGCCGUCGACUAUCCCAAGCAAGGGAUUCCCGUUGACAUUGAUGAUGACAACCUACCGCGCACGCUUAUUCGAUGCAAACCUGACUGGCAUGCUGCUGAGGUGGUCGAUCCGCGCUCGACAGACUAUUAUGAAUCAACCCGGGCCCUUGGACACAUGUUCCGCUCUAUUAAAUGGACGAAUCCUGAGGCACUGCCCUCUGACACGCCUACCUCAGGUAAACACCUAUCCACGGACCCAUUGUCGAAAGCACUCCAGACUUACAUUCAGCACCAAAUUUGGCCAUACAUUGAACCUGACGGCAUGUCUCCUGAAACGGCAAGUCUCUUCCGCCAGUAUGAAAGUGAAUUACGGUACAUCAGCGCCACGCACACGCUCUCGAACACACCGGGGAUCAGAUUGUUGGAAGCCGAAAUCGUCGUGGGGACGAUUCUAGCCAAGUGCACGCAAAAGAGGUGGAGGAAAGAUCGUACGUGGCGCAUGCGCGGUCACGCUUCGCAGUUGAUGAAGGACGUGAAACAAGGCUUGAUGCGUCUCACCGACGUUCAGCUUGAACUGAAGGAGGUAAUACCCACAGAGACGUACCGUGACGCACUUGAACGUGCAUGGCUUGCCUGGGACUAUAGCCUUCGGCAUUCGGACGAAUUUGGGGCGAAGAGCUUUGGGUUGAUUGUGUUGGGAGUGAUAUUUGAAUGUCUUGAGAAGCUCAAUGUCGACAUCAAUCCUGCUUCUGCAUGAAAGCUCUCACUGUAUCUGU